UCUCAGUCACUUCUCUUCAUCCAUUUGUCCACGUUUCUCUACUUUUUGCACUUGCCCAAAAAGCCCAACAAACUUCUACCAAAAUGGAGGCCAUCAAAAAGAAGAUGCUUAUGCUUAAGUUGGACAAGGAGAAUGCGCUGGAUCAGGCUGAACAGGCUGAGACCGACAAGAAAGCAGCUGAAGAGAGGAGCAAGCAGCAUGAAGAUGAGCUGCUGCAGAUGCAGAAGAAGCUGAAAGGGACUGAAGAUGAGCUUGAUAAAUACUCUGAGGCUCUGAAGGAUGCCCAAGAGAAGCUGGAGGUGGCCGACAAGAAGGCUGCUGAUGCAGAGGCAGAAGUAGCUUCUCUGAACAGGCGCAUCCAGCUGGUGGAGGAGGAGUUGGAUCGAGCUCAGGAGAGACUGGCAACAGCUCUGCAGAAGCUGGAGGAGGCUGAGAAGGCUGCUGACGAGAGCGAGAGGGGGAUGAAGGUGAUUGAAAACAGGGCCCUAAAAGAUGAGGAAAAGAUGGAACUACAGGAGAUCCAACUGAAAGAGGCCAAGCACAUUGCUGAGGAGGCUGACCGCAAGUAUGAAGAGGUGGCUCGUAAACUGGUUAUUGUAGAGGGGGAGCUGGAGCGUACAGAGGAGAGGGCUGAGCUGGCUGAGGCUAAAUGUGCUGAGCUGGAGGAGGAACUGAAAAACGUCACCAAUAACCUUAAAUCUCUGGAGGCCCAGGCCGAGAAGUACUCCCAGAAAGAAGACAAGUAUGAAGAAGAAAUAAAGAUCCUGACUGACAAGCUGAAGGAGGCUGAGACCCGUGCUGAGUUUGCUGAGAGGUCUGUGGCUAAGCUAGAGAAGACAAUUGAUGAUCUGGAAGAUGAGCUUUAUGCACAGAAACUCAAGUACAAGGCCAUUAGUGAGGAACUGGACCACGCCCUCAAUGACAUGACCUCCAUAUAAAUGUCUGGAAACUAUGCUGCACUCUCAAGUUGUGGUUCCAAGACUCAACUUUGCGCCACUUCGUAGUCUGUCUCCUUCCCCAUUCCUCUCUCCCUUUUUACUCUGCCUUGUCUGUUUUUGCUCAUUCCUCAACUUAUUUGAAAUCCUAUUUUCUUUUCAUUUUCUCAUUGUACCUCCUGUUUAGCACUUUGUUGAUCUAUCUGCCUAAUUUGUUCCUUGCGAAUAUGUCACCAGCCAUCUAAUAGUCAUUGGUCCUUGUAUGUAUUGUGGUCCAUUAUUGUGUCUGGUCUCAUUCUGUUCUGCUUUUUCUCCUUUGUGGUUUUGAUUCUCUAUAAAUGUUAAACAAAGGGAGGGAAGAAAUGGAUGUCGGUCAAUCUGUUCUGAUGUAUACAGCUCAUUUCAUGCAAUAAUACAAUUCUUUGCAGAUUCUUUACAGUCAUGAAUAUAAAUCAGUAAAUCAGUAAAUACCUUUAAACUGUUAAAAGUACAUGUAUGAGAGCAAGUAGAAAGAAUUGUUAAAAGAACAGUCAAAUGCAGGAGUCAAAAUGUGUUUUGAAAUUUCUGUUAAAAGUAUUUAGACUUUCAGUAUGUCUGUUCCUGAGCCUCAUAUGGAACAGUCAUAUUAGAUAAUUACUUAACAGGACUCACAGACAAGUGACAAAUCAACCAAAACAACAUAAAGCAGCG